CAUUCGCUAAAUUAAAUUGUAUUGUUUAGGAUAAAACAAUUUCUCUAAUAACAUACUUGCAUAUUAUUAAUAAGUAUAAUAACCGCCUAUCCUAUUCACACGGUAAAGUAGUUAAAUAUUUUCGAAUUUCAACUGUUCGAUGUAGAUACCGCCAUACCUUAUUCUGGUAGCCGGUAGGUAUUCAAUAUUCAUGAACAUAGAGAAAUGUUCGUGGAUAAUAACAUUAUAGUGGUAACGCACAAUAUACCUAUUACCUACCUAUAGAAAAUAGAGAUUAAAAUAUACCACUGUUUGAAAUCAUCUUCCUGCCAGCUGACUCCCCGUGGCGGGGAAUCCUAUUGUAAUCUAGUGCGGUGGUUCCUUAUCAGUUUUUAAAAUUUUAGUGUUUAAUCACUAAAAUACAGAUUUUCUUCUCGUAUUCUUACCACAGAAUAGAUUAACUAUUCUUACUAUUUCUUAGUUUUGUACUUAAGGUUUUAAUUUUCAGUACUAAAAAAUAAAAGUACUUAAUUAUUUAUUACUCAUUUAUGUAAUCAAACACGGGCAACUAUUAAAUAUUAAUAAUGGGAAAACUAGUAUAAUAUAUCUUAUACUCUUUUUUGAUGUCAAGAAUGUGAUGUUAAAAAAAAUAUUGUUAUCAACUUGCGAGCCUACAUUAACGUUUAAGAGUUUCAUUUCAUUACAAUUGAGUUACAAUAAAAGGAAAAUGAGUACAUUGGAAAAUGUUAUUGAUGGCUUAAAUGAUGUUAGAUGUAGAAUCAAAGUUGUGGCUCAAAAACAAAAUGAAGGCCAUGUGGAACCAAGGUUAGUUGCUGUUAGUAAAACAAAACCUAUAGAACAUAUAAUUGGCAUCUAUCAGAAAGGCCAAAGACAUUUUGGAGAAAACUAUGUCCAAGAAUUGAUGACUAAAUCGUCUGACGUUGAAAUAUUAGAAAAAUGUCCAGAUAUCAAGUGGCAUUUUAUUGGUCAUAUACAAAAAAACAAAGUUUCAAAAGUAUUAAUGACUCCUGGUUUACAUGUUAUUGAAACAAUAGAUAGUGAAAAAUUAGCAAGUGCUGUUAAUGAUGGAUGGAAAAAACUCAAUAAAGAAAGUAGAUUGAAAAUUAUGGUUCAAGUUAACACUAGUAAUGAAAAAGAAAAAUCUGGUGUAACAACUGAUACAGUAGUAGAUUUAUUUAAAUUUAUCAUUGAGAAAUGUGAUCAUUUAGAACUGAUUGGUUUAAUGACGAUUGGUCAGUAUGGUUAUGAUUGUUCUCGAGGACCAAAUCCAGAUUUUUUGGCUUUGGUAGAUUGUAAAAAAGAUGUUUGUGAAAAAUUAAAAUUAAAUCCAUCUGAAAUCGAAUUAUCUAUGGGCAUGUCUGAUGAUUUUGAGCAUGCCAUUGAAUUAGGAAGCACAAAUGUCCGAGUAGGAAGUAGUAUCUUCGGUUUUCGUGCAAGAAAAGAAAAACAAUGAUUUACUGUAAUAAGUUAUUACAAAUUAGAAUAAUUCUAAUGGUAAUUCUUUAGAUUAAUCUAAUAAUAAUUCAUUAAAAAAUAUAUUUGAUUUAUCUUAUAUUCUUUAAAUUUACAUUUUACACUAUCGUUGUAAAUAGUAACCAUCUUAAUAAAUUACUCAAGUAGUUUAAAAAAUAUAUGUAUAUUCUAACCAUAAAUGUACUUAAAAAUAUGCAUAUGACACACAGUUUGGUCGACUAGUUUCAUUUGUAAAAUGUUAAUAAA